AUAUAAAAAAAAGAAGGAAUAGAAAAAACGCAUGCGCAAAAAAAAGGAUACCGACGGAGUAUUUCAGAGAAGAGCAGCAAAAGUUUCCGGGAUGAAACUUCUAGGAUGACAAAGCCUCUGUGAGCCUUUACCCUGUUCCUUUCUUCUUCUUUCGGUAAGAUACGGCAGUAAUACCGGUGAAACGCCGAGAAUAGACGAGAAAGGAGAAUAUUUUCUUAAAAGAAAAGGUACAUAAAUGCUGUUAUUAAGCAUUGCAGGGAGAAGCGCAAGUAAACGCGAUAUGAACGCGUCGUUGUGAAUGGCGCUUCUAGUGACAAAGGUGGCUGAGGGAGAUUUUACAUUUCACAUAAGAUGUAAACUGUGUUUAAAAUGGAUGUUACAAAGAAAACUUCUGUUCGUUAAUUAAGUUGGACUUUUUCUUCAUUUUUCCGCCUGACCUUCGUUAACGAUUUAACGAAAAGAUGGAGAUAAAGAGGAAAGAAAAAACGACGAUUCCAAUCGGAUCCCGGUACGAUUGUCUGUAAAAUCCUGCGUAACAUCACGACGGUUCGUUCGCAGAGUGGACAACCAUUCCGCAACAACCGCGAUGCAUGAUCUUAUGCGUUAGUGGUGAGUGUCCGUAUCGCGUGUGCGUGUCUAUCCAUGUUGGCAAAUUGAGGAUGCAACAUAGACAUUGUGUUGUUCCUCACGGUCGUAUUCAUGAAUAUGUGCGUUUAUUACAUCUGUAUAAAUUCUUUGUCCAAAAACCACUUUAUUUUCGUGAUAGAAUGUGGUUUGAGUUCAUAUUACUACUUUGACACGAUGACACGAUUACGCCAUCAAAACGUGAUUCUUCUGUGAACGGAAACUUCUGAACCAGUUUAUACAUUUAUUGGUGUGAUUAGACAAAACUUGUCGAUUAUAAAGCAAUUAGAUCAACGGAUUCCACGGAGCACUCGAGAGAUUUUUAUCGAUGCUAACUUUAUUCUUUAGAAAUUCACCGUAACUGGGAGUGCCGCUAGAUCGUAGUUGAACAUGCUCCGAAAGGACUGGAGUGAAUUUUACGUUACAUGCGAGAAAAGAUUGUUUUUUUACUUUUCAAAAGUAAUAUGGUAUCUCGAACGAUUUCUUUAAAAUCUGAUGCAAGUCUCCUAUAAACGAUAUGUGAACAUUAAAUUAAAGAGAAGAUGGACAAUGUAUCGGUGAAACUGGCGUGAAAAUGUACCGCGGUGUUAAGUGGCCUCUGUGAUGUAUUAUAAACGGUGCUUAACCUAACUUUUCAUCGACGCUUCUACACGGCGUUUUCUUGCGAGUAAUGUUCUUUUGAUAACGAACUUGUAACUAAAUGACCAUAAAUCGCGAAUGUUUAUCGUUUAUCAUUUCUUUUCUUUCUUUUUCGCCAUGUUCCAAGUGUCAGUUUUUCUUACCGCAUUCAUGUACGAUUUUAAUUUAUCAUAAAAAACAUGAGACUAUAAUCGUUACCUUGUAAAACUCUGAAAAUGCUUUUUAUUGACUGUACUUCUGAUUUUGUCAACGAUUGUAUGAAGAUUAAGUUCACAGUAUUUAUGCGACAAUGGUCAUGGGCAAUCUUGUCAUUUUGUUAUCAAGAAGAAGUGGAGACUGAAAUUAUUGGAACUGAAGGAGGAGAUUUAAAAUUCAGUCAGCCAAGUAUGUCCAACACUAUCAGUAAUAUGAAGAUGACCAACCGUAUCAAGGGAAUGGUGAGCAAACGUCGUAGGCGUUUCACAGAAGAUGGGUUUGACCUUGAUCUCACAUAUAUAAGAGAUAACUUAAUAGCAAUGGGAUUUCCAGCUGAAAAGUUAGAAGGAGUGUAUAGGAAUCACAUAGAUGAUGUUGUUAAACUGUUGGAAUCUAGGCAUAAAGAUCAUUAUAAGAUUUACAAUCUAUGUUCAGAGAGAUCUUAUGAUUUUAAGAAAUUUAAACAAAGGGUAGCUACAUAUGCGUUUGAUGAUCAUAAUCCACCAAUGUUGGAUCAAAUCAGACCAUUUUGCGAAGACGUGCACGAAUGGCUUUCUCGUCAUCAGGAAAAUGUAGCUGUCGUACACUGUAAGGCUGGUAAAGGUCGGACGGGUGUAAUGGUGUGUUGUUACCUUCUUCAUACUAAACAAUUUCCCACUGCCACAGAAGCCCUUAAUUACUAUGGAAAUAAAAGAACACACGAUAGGAAGGGGGUAACAAUACCUUCACAGAGGAGGUAUGUGGAUUAUUAUGCUACUCUUGUACAAGAAGGACUAGAUUAUCAACCGGUUACAUUGUUGUUACGAAAAAUACAAUUGGAUCCAGCACCUAUUUUUCAUGGAGGUCAAGGAUAUUUGCAUUGCGUAAUAUCUGAAUCUAAGAAAAAAAUAUUUAGCUCUGAUAUAGUAGAAGUACGAAAAGGAAUGCACACAGUCAGCAUCCCUUUAAAACACAGCAUAGCAUUGACAGGAGAUAUACGAGUGGAUUUCUUUAAUAGGCCAAAAAUGAAGCGAAAGGAAAAAUUGUUUCAUUUUUGGUUCAAUACAUUCUUCGUACGAGACUACUUAUCGCCGGAAUACGAUAAUGGAGAGUUACCAGUUGAGCGUUCAACUAGGGCAUUGAGUUGCGAUGGUGCAACUAUGGAAUUACCAGUGGUUAUGUCGCACAUGAAACCCAGAGCCGGAUCCUUAGCUAGUCUCGGACCUAUGCCACCUACUCUUGUUUUAAGUAUAGAUAAAUGGGGUCUGGAUGACGCGCACAAGGAUAAACAUCACAAAGUGUAUAGCGCUGAUUUUAAAGUUAGCUUAUUUAUGCAUCGGAUGGGUGGUAAUAUAUCGCAAACUGUAUCAGCGACAACAAAUAGAACAGGAGAGGGUAUACAAAUAGGAAUGGGAGGACAAGAUACCCCGAGCGAAUCAAGCGAAGCGGAUAGCAGUGAAUGCGACACAACUGGUGAUACAACGGGAGAUGAAGAUGGGGAAUCUGGAAACAACCUGCAUAAAGUAGGAAACGGAGAAAACCGAGAUCCUUGCCACUCGCAUUCGCAGAAAUUUAAAUUCUUUUAUACAGGGGAGUCGACCUAUUUGUGACUUUGAAACUGUAGACCGAUCCGAUGGAGACCGAUCAGAACUAAACUCUACUCUCAAAAAACGGUCCACUUCACUGCGACUCAUCGUUUGCUCACGAACGAAUUGAUCAGUCGAUACCAACGAGUUCUGCCUGUGCCUGCCAGUUCAUCGCUAUACAUAUAUAUUCGUAUUCUUCUUAAUAGCUGGUAGAAUUUCAAAAAAAUUGCGUUUCUUUCUUUUUCUCGUUCUCUCUCUCUCUCUCUCUUUUUCUGUCUAAUCACCUUUACCAUGUGUAAGAUAGUUCUCUUCGCUUACACGGCAUUUUUUGGAAAAGAAAAAAAUGUGAUCAUUUCCCAGCGAAUCGCUGUAUGGAAGACUGCGUGAAAAAAAAGACGCGUUUCUUAACUCGGACGAUUAACACCUUCUAAUUUAUACUUUCGACGACCGAUCGUACCGUUGAUCGAUUUUAAUUUGUAGAUACUCGUUUCUCGUAUAUUUUAUAUCGACGACAAUAUGUAAUUAGCUAGAAAGAAAUAUAUUUUAUACUCGCGUUGACCGCAAGGUUCGUCGUUCGAUAUUUUUACGCAUAUUGACGAUCAUUGUUUUAAGGCAAUGAAUUUGUCACCUUCUUCUUUUCGUGAUUUUAUUCAAACGAUAAUUUUGGUUUCGCAAGCUUUUCUUUCUCUCAGACGUUCAAUGAACCGAAUCGGUAAGCACAUCCAGUGUUCUAUAUUUUUUAUCGUCGAGAUAAUUCCAUUCUUUAAUUUAUUGUACUCGCCGAGCAUAGUAAUCGUACGUAGAUUUAGAAGUUAUACGAAUUAUUAUGAAACGAACGUUUUGUAAACUUUUGGCGAUGCGUCAGCGAUGAAAAUCAAAGGAUGUUAUUCCAUGAAAUCUGUAAUUUAAGAGCGUCGUAAAUCGAUUGUCGUUAAGCAUGAUUGGUUCCUCUUCGUUACGUUUAAAGUUCAUGGAAAGUUUCAGAUGCGAGAAAAUGCGAACCAUUUAUCGAAUACGUAUUCUAUACUACCGGAAGCUUUACUGGGGCCAAGAAGUAUGUUCGUAAGUUUCCGUGGAUCGUAUAAAAGUUGUAAAUGUAGUUAACUAUAUAGUAAGUUGUAUUUAUAGAAAUUUCAAUAUUCUCAAGACACAAAGUACAAAGUAAUAUGACCGGAUCUCAAACGUUUCGAAAUAAUCGCGUUUGCUUUUUAAGAAUGCGUAUACUUAAGAUGCUAAGAUUUGUAUAAUCGUUCUUAAGCAAUUAGACGAAAAUUUAGAAGCUCUCGGCUAAUUGUGCCGGUGAAUGAUUGAUAUAUUGUUAAGCGACCCACACGCGUAAGUAGACAUAAAGCAUUGAUAUUCUCGGUGACCAUCGAUUCGACACUGGACUUUAUUUCAAACAUGUUGUAUAUUGGUUUGCGUUACAAAAUAUUCCAAAUAGGACGCGAAUGAAUAAAGGUAUUUACACGUAAUACGGUGUACAUUGUUAGAAACAUCGUGAUAUUCGAUUCUAAAUCAUAAGUCAGGGUGUGAGAGAAAUGCCCGAUAAUUUCGAUAUCAUUCGCGCGUUAACUAAUUCGUUGCGUGAUUAUAUUUACAUGUAAUUGAAGAGAAUUGGAAUAUUCGGUAGCGCGCUGUAUUCGAACUACGCUAUAACACAAUAUGUAAAACAAAUUAUC